UAUGACAAAUACACAUAAAUGCAGUAACAGUUUUGUCACAGGUGCACAACCACAUCUGGACCAGAAUCCCAAACAGACACACACACAAAGCUUUUUUCUCACAGCUGAGUCUGUUCUGACAGUAAGACUUUCAGGAUGACCCUGUGAAUCAUUACAGGACAUUGUCUUCUCAUAAAAAGAAAAACAACAGACACAGAAGGAUGACGUAAGACUCUAAUCAUUUACAGUUUCCUCUGUUUAACCCAUCUGCUAUCACAAUGCUGCUUUGACAAAUGGUUUUUGUCUGCCAAAAUGGAUGUAGGUUUUGAGGCAAUUUGUUUUGUAAAUCAACAACAAAAAUGGCAUUUGGAAUUUUUGAUAAUGGUGUUCUGAAUAUUCGGGAGAAACACAGGCUGUGCUUCAAAACCUUGUGUGCUACCUAUAAUAGGAAUUAUAUUGUGUGCAUUAUCCAUAGGAAAUUUGAUCAGAUUCUGUCUUAAGCUGUUAUCAAAAAGUUUGCCAUUUUUGUUUUUUCCAGCAUAACUUGUGUGGGGAUGCCAUUUACACAAGAUGCUACUGGUAGAAAAAGUACUUUCAAAGUAGCCAUUAAUUUCAGUUAUGAACAGACUGCUGACCAGGCAUAUAUCGGUAACACUUUACGAGAUUCCAUUCGUUAACAUUAGUUAAUGCAUUAGGUAACAUGAACUAACAAUGAACUAUAUAUUUAUUACAUAAUUUAGUCAUCUUUGUUAAUGUUAGUUAAUAAAAUACAAUUGUUCAUUGUUAGAAAAAUAUAAUUGUUCAUUGUUAGUUCAGUUAGUUCAUAGUGCAUUAACUAAUGUUAACUAAUACAACUUUUGAUAUUAAAACUGUAUUAAGUACUGUAUAUGCUGAAGUUAACAUUAACUAAGAUUAAUAAAUGCUAAAAGUAUUGUUCAUUGUUAGUUCAUGUUAACUUAUUUUGUUAAAUAAUGUUAACAAAUGGAAUCUUAUUGUAAAGUGUUACCCAUAUAUCUGAUGCAGUUGUACUCUACAGGCUGUGAAAGGAAGAGUGCACAAAAUAACUGUGAUGCUCUUCACAGAAACAAUGCACUGCAAUUAUACACUGUUAUGCAUACACUCACACACAUUACUAUGACAUGAAACUUGCAUUCAACUUGCAUAAAUGUGCAUACACGCACUUAGAAAGAAAGAGGGAAGGUCCUGCUAUUUGGAACCAAAAGAUGGCAAGGAGUAGAGGAAGAAAAAUUGUUGGAGAGAAAUAUUGAAAAACAAAACCAGUUUCAUGAAAAGUGUUGAGGCUCAAGAAGGAAUGAAAGAAAAAGAAAUACAAGUGUCUUAUGAUCUCUGAAAGCCUUUAUAUCUUAUUCAUAUUUCCAUCUCCUCCUUCCAUUUUCUUUUCAGACUUGCACACACAAAUACAUCAAUGAGGAAAAUACCUCUGUGUUCACAUUUACCCCCGCAGACAUUGUUACCAUGGCGACGGAUUGUAAGGAGGCUAAGCUUGACGCACGGGUAGAGGUAACAGUAUCUGAAGGCCCAGAGCGGCGACGGCAGGGCAAAUUCCAGCCAUUCCGACGUCUAUUUGGGAAGAAGAAAAGGAGGGAAGCAGAACGGUUUGAGGGAUCUGAACUUAAACCUAGCCAUUCCAUAAAUGAUGUUUGCAAUGGGGUGGUCUCGGUUAUUGAAGAGAAUGAUCAGUGUCUAAGGGAGCAGAACACCCUAGGGUCUCGAGCUUUUUCACACGAGAGUGUAUUUAUACCUGAGGACUCAGAGAAGGCGUAUCCAGGGCAGACAAUGUCCCAGGAGAACGUUUCAGACAAAGUCAAGAACAUUCAGAGGCAAAUUGGACAUAAUAUCAAGUUUGGUCAGAGACCCACUUCACUUAGGAAGAGUGAGGGAGAUGAAGGUAGCUCAGAAGAGGAAGAGGUACCACAAAGUCCACUGAAGGUUCUUGCUCAGGUGGAGAGUGAGCCACAGCAAGCUGAAGCCAUGGAAAAGGCUGUUAGCCAUGAUUUGGUCCAGCACAGAACUCCAGUCAAAUCCCCACGCACUAAGCGCCCACCUCCACCUGGUACAAUUGAGUCCAUCAAUCUAGAUGCUGUUCCUCAGUCUGUCCCACGCUUGGACAACACUGCUGCCAAACACAAACUGUCUGUCAAGCCGAAGAACCAGAGGGUGUCUCGCAAACACAGAAGGUUCACACAGGAUUUUCACAAAUUGGAUCUCUCUGAAAUGCAAGAGGAAACAGAAACACAAAAACAUGAAGUAUUUGAUUUGUCAAACGAGGACUACAACAUUAUGCAUAGGAUCAAAGAAGAUUAUGAGCCCACUGAGAAAUCCAUUAGAAAGCAACUUCAUGAGGAGGAGCAAGCACGGCUUGAGCUUCAAAGAAUGGAACAAGAAGAGAGAAAGAGGGAAGAACAAUGGAGGAGAUUUGAGGAGCAAAGGCUAGAAGAAGAGAAACGGCGCAGACAGGAAGAAGAACAAAGGCAAAAGGAGGAAGAGGAGAGGAAGCAACGAGAGGAAGAGGAGAGAAGAGCAAGGGAAGAGGAACAGAGGAGGAAAGAAGAGGAAGAGCUGAGAUUAAGACAGGAGGAGGAGAGAAAGAAGCAACAGGAGGAGGAAAGAAGAGCAGAAGAGGAGAGAAGACGGAGAGAAUUUGAGGCAGAGCAUUUUCUUCUGGAAGAGGAAAGAAAAAGGGAGCAGGAGGAGACAAGGAGAAAGGAAGAGGCAGAAAAAUGUAAGAUUCAGGAGUUAAAGGGGAAACGACAGAAUGAGGAAGAGCAUUGGCUUUGUGAGGAAGAAAUUCGCCAUCAAGAGGAGGAGGCUGAGAGAAAAAGACAAGAAGAAAAAAAGUGGAAGGAGGAUAGAAAGAGGCAACAGCAAGAAGAGAAAGCAGCUGAGGAGCAGGCUAGAGCCACUGACCUAGAAUGGAUAAGAAAGGCAGAGGAACUGCGAUGGAGAGAGAUGGAGGAGAGACAGAGACCCUUCACUUUCAAGGUGUCCUCAGGUGAGAAGCAGAUACUCUUUCAAAAGGUCAACCUCACCCCUGUUACUCCAGCAACUGGCCAACAGAUUGAAACAACAGCUGAAACCAGGGAGGGAGCUAAAGGCCUUUCACCAGGAUGUGCUGAUUCACCUACUCUGUCUUCAUCUCUUUAUGUCCCUCAUACUGCUAUUCUUGUGACAGGAGCCCAGCUUUGUGGAACUGCAGUCAAUCUUGAUCAGAUCAAGGAUACAGCAUGCAUGUCCCUUCUUGGUCUUUCUGAAGACAAAAAAGCUAUGGGCACUCCACCAACCAAGAGCAAAACAUCCACAGAACUUAAAUCUGGAAAAACCAAAUCCUUAUUUGAGUCUUCCGUAUCUGCAGACCAAUCCAAUGCUGAAGUACUAGCGGAAUGGGCAAGUAUCCGAUCUAAAAUUUUUAAAGGUGCUGAAGAUGGAAAAUACGAUGUGUAUCCAGAUCAGAGUCGCAAGCAAUCCAAGAGCAGACCAAUAAGUGAGGAUAUACAUACAGUGCCAUUCUCUCACACUAACCUCAGAAAAACCUUGUCAGUCAGUGCUAAGUUUUCCAUUACCCCAGCAAGAAAGAAAUUUGCUGAUUCUAACAGGAACUCAGAGAUUUUCAGUCAGGAAGAAAGAGAGGGUGAGAAAACAGAAUUGGCACCUCUAGAAACUCAUUCUGUCCAAAAGGUAGAGUUGCCCUCUAUAGGUACCAAGAGCAGGGGAAGUAAGGUUGUCCGUAUUGCAGAUAGUGCUGAAGAAUGCAAGUUUGCCAAAGACCUCCCUUCCUUUCUUGUUCCUAAUCCGCCACAUGGAUCCCCCAAAUCACAGAGAUCUGAGACUGGGUCCCCAAGUUACACAGAAUCAGAAGACUCAGACACAAAGAAUGAAGGGGAUCAGAAGGAUCUGAGUGGUAAUGAGAGACCCUCACCUUUUGGAAUCAAGCUGAGAAGAACCAACUAUUCUCUUUGCUUUCAUAAUGAACAGUCUGCAGAGAAGAGGAAGAAAAGGUACAGUGCAGGUGACAGCUUUGAAGGGGUCCCAGUGCCCCUUACCUCCAUUGACCAAAACUCUGACAUUUCUACAUCCUCUGAAAAGUCAAGCCCAUCUUCUCCCCAGCAAGAGACUGCUGGACACCAACCCCCUGCAGCACCUAGUAAAGAAUCGCGAAUCAAGUUUGUCAGAAGUUCUCUCUCUUCAGCACACACUGAAGGUGACAACUUUGUCCCCAAGCCUCCACUUUGCCAAAAACCAUCUACCUCCCCCAAACCAUCUGAAGGUGCCACACCUCCACACUCUCCUCUCCUGAAACCUGGCAGAAGGACUUCAGGGGACAAGGAAACAGGGGAACUAGAACAGGUAGCUACUGAGCAGAGCAGUGACUGUAAGGAAGAAACUUCAGCAUCUGUACCAUCCCAGAGAAAAGGAGAGGAUGAGCAAAAAGAGAAGAAGUCAUUUUUUCCAUCCAUCAGCAUCCCAUGGAGAGAAAAAACAGAUCGCAGAACAGAACUCCUUAAAAGAGAAAAACCCUCUCUGCAGACCAGACACUCCCUGGACAGCUCACGGACACACGAGAAAGAGGCAGGACCACUGUGGAUCACUCUGGCACUACAGAAACAGAAAGGAUUCAGGGAACAGCUGCAGAACCGGGAGGAGAGGAAGAGCCAGAGAGAGGCUAAGCUGGCUGAGAAACAGGCUAGAGACAGAGAAAGCGUUGGAAUGGACAGUCCUACAGAAGAUAAAGGCAUUGGAAGUUCAAUUCCCCCCAAGCCUCAAACAGCAGAUGAGAUUAAGAGACCAGACACACUCCUGGCCCGCUUUGAACGACGUGAGAACUUGAAGAAAGCCAUUACCUUGCCCAGCUCAGUCACAGUUGAAAUAACAGACUCUGCACCCUCUCCGCCAGCAACGAAGGAUGUGACAAAGCGCUUCCCUCCUGGUGACACUACCCAGGUUUCCACUGAGCCUGCCUGGCUCGCCCUAGCCAAGCGUAAGGCCAAAGCCUGGAGCGACUGCCCACAGAUCAUCAAGUGAUCCAAACUUUUGACCCAGCGUUAAAGGCAAAUAAGUAUCAUCCCCUUCAUCCACAUCAGUUAGACAACACUGCACCCCAACUCACCUCUGGCUCUGAACAGCAACAACUUUACACGUCCCUAUUUUACUUUUGCCCUGAACAUUCUACAAGUUACAAGCAACCAGGCAUUUUCUAAUAAUUGGUAUUUAAGAAUUAAAAAUGUAUUGCCAUAAUGACAAAACAUUGUGCCUAUAGAACUGUACUAUUAAGAAUUUAGAAUUCUAUUUAGAAUUCUGUCCGAUGAUGGAUUAGAUAACCAAUGAUGAAAUGUAUUACCUUCUCCAGAAGCCAACACUUGUUUCUUCUGGUUCUCAAUCAGUACAAACGAUUUUUGCAAUAAUCUACAUCAACAGUAUAUUUAAUCAUUUUCAGUCGCAGCUAAUCAAACACCUAAAAUCUUUGUCAAGGAGAACUGCCCUUCUAACCUUAACAGUCGUCACAGUUAAAUGAUCUUAUUCAGUGUAUAUACACAACGCAUGACAAACUGUUGAUCCUAGAGUUGUUCAAAAUUCAAUACACUGUAACACAUUUUAAAUAAGACAAGACACAAUGUUGUUGCUUUGUGACAAUUCUGGGAAGUAAUUCAAGGGCUAAUAAUAACAGAUGGUGAAUCCUAAACAAAUUUCUCUCACUCCAACAAGCAUGUAAAACAGAGAAACAGUUUUGUAUUUUUACUGGUACGGUUUCUCAUGUAUUCACUCAAAUGUGUUGGCACCACUAGUCCUUGAUGAUGGACAGAUAUGGUCUUUUUUUCUUAUUAUAUUUGAUAUCUUGGCAAAGUACAAAGAUCUUCACUGUGUCCGUGACAACUGUGAGUACUGUCCUUUAACUAUUGCUAAAAAUCAUCAUUAAUAUGAUAUGUCAGCACUGUUUACUCGUAAUUAACUAACUCUGAAUUUUUCCUUAACGACAUUUUCAUUACAGCAUAGUAUAUAUGCCCUUGAGCCGUGUUGUCAAUUGAUGAAAAAUCUACUUCUUGCAGUGUCUAUAGCCACCUGUCUCCUUAGAUUUGGUUGCCUAGGAUGACAAACUGCUUGCUUGCUGUAACAUAAACAAUGCUAUACUGGUGUUACGUGUGCUAGCAUCUCUUUUACCGCUACUUAGCAAAACCUGCAACAUGGCUAAGUGAUGGGAGAUCACUGUUUCAAAUGAAACAUCCCAAGGGGAGUCAGAACAAGAGGUCUAGCCAAUGAGAGGGUCCUUUAGAAAAAAGGGAGCAUUUCCAAUGAGUGAAUGGACUAUUAACGGACAUCAUCUCUAUGUCCUUGAACAAGGCAGCUAACCCCAGGUUGCUUCAAGCGGACUGUCGCUGUAGGCGAAGCUGUACAUGAAGGUGAACUGUAAGUCACUCUGGAUAAAAAGUGUCUGCUAAAUGAUGGACAUUACUAAAUGGAAGCCUUGAUCUCUCAGCAGAGCCACUGACCCCACUAUAUAAUGUAAUGUUGUGUGUAUGUAAUGUAUGUAGGUAUGUAUGUAUGUAUAGAGGUGAAAUGAAAUGGACUGUAUUCCUUUGGAGAUCUCCUUAACAGCAGUCGCGUCACUUUGUUUUUACAUUGGUCAUGUGCAAUAGUGUAGCAUAAACAGUGUUGUAUGUGACAUGAAACAAAAAUGGUUUGUUGAUAAUUGCACUUUUUGUUCUACUUUAGAAAUAUCCAUUAUGGAAAAAGUGACGCAAAUGUUAUGAAAUAUGUAGAGAAAAUUAAAGGAAGAUGUUUGA